GUCCUACUAGAGAUGUGGCUAAAAUGUAGUACAAGUUCAACUGGUAUGCGUUAUCGACACAUGCUGUUCACGUGCUUCUACUUCAGGUUUUGGUCUCACCGUCGACAGACUUAGAUCUCCCUUGCCGUAACAACUCUUCCUUCUUCCCGGCGAACUUCACUCUCUUCUCUCUCUCUCAUCUCAGUCAGUAUUCCAGCAGUAAACAUGAUGGGAUAUGAGAAUCAAGAGUCCCACCUUUAUGCAUCCAAAAAGGAGAUGGAAUCCCUGGUACUCGACGACGAUUCUCCCAACGGCACUUCUCAUCCUUUCUCCGAUCCACUUUCAUCAUCAUCAUCUCUUCCUUUCGCUGAAAUCCCUACUGACCAAGGUCAAACCCCUAAUUCUUCCUUCAAUUCCAUCCUCGAACCUCCUUCUUAUGCUGAGGCUAUUUUCAGAUCCUUUGACGCUGAUCACUCCUCUCCUCAACUCAACGGCGCUCAUGAUCACUCUAUCGCUUCUCCUUCUUCACUUCCAUCCUCCGACGACUUUUUGACCAUUACCGUUUCCGAUCCACAGAAAGAGCAAGAGUUGUCCAAUUCUCUAGUUCCUGGGGGGACUGCUUAUGUUACCUACCUAAUUACUACCAGGACGAAUUUACCGGAAUUUGAUGGAACUGAAUUUAGUGUGAGGAGGAGGUUUAGAGAUGUGGUCACUUUGUCCGACCGAUUAGCUGAGUCGUAUAGAGGUUUUUUCAUUCCGAUAAGACCGGAUAAGAGUGUUGUUGAGAGUCAGGUGAUGCAGAAACAGGAAUUUGUGGAACAGAGGAGAGCAGCACUGGAGAAGUACCUCAGGAGAUUAGCUGCGCAUCCUGUGAUAAGGAGGAGUGAGGAGCUAAGAAUGUUUUUGGAGGCGAAUGGGAAGCUUCCGCUGGUGAGGACAACAGAUGUGGCAUCCAGGAUGUUGGAUGGGGCAGUGCAGUUACCCAAGCAGAUUUUUGGUGAGACAGCAGGGGGAAUGGUGGAUGCCAAUGAGGUAGCUCAGCCUGCCAAGGGAGGUAGGGACCUGUUGAGAAUCUUUAGGGAGUUGAAACAAUCUGUGUCAAAUGAUUGGGGUGGUGUGAAGCCACCUGUAGUGGAGGAGGAUAAGGAGUUAUUGGAAAAGAAGCAGAAGUUGCAUGAUUUUGAGCAGCAGCUCAGCAAUGUGUCUCAGCAGGCCGAAGCACUUGUAAAAUCUCAGCAGGAUAUUGGAGAAACCAUGGGCCAAAUGGGCCUAGCUUUUGUCAAGUUAACAAAGUUUGAGACGGAGCGAGCUGUUUAUGAUUCACAAAGAACAAGGGCUGCAGAUAUGAAGAAUGUGGCAACUGCUUCUGUUAAGGCAAGCAGACUAUAUAGGGAGCUAAAUGCUCAAACUGUCAAACAUUUGGAUAAGCUCCAUGAAUACCUUGGAGUGAUGUUAGCUGUGAACAAUGCAUUUUCCGAUAGGUCAAGUGCUCUUUUGACAGUACAGACAUUGUUGUCUGAGCUGUCAUCACUAAAUUCGAGGAUCGAAAAACUUGAAGCUGCUGCGUCUAAGAUAUUUGGUGGGGACAGGGCCAGAAUUCGCAAAAUAGAAGAGCUCAAGGAAACACAUAGAGAAACUGAAGAUGCCAAAAGUUCUGCUGUGAGGGAGUAUGAGCGGAUCAAGGAAAACAACAAGAGUGAGCUUGCGAGAUUUGAGAAGGAACGACGUGAUGACUUCUUGGGAAUGUUGAGAGGAUUUGUUGUCAAUCAGGCAGGAUAUGCGGAAAAGAUGGCGAAUGUUUGGGAGACGGUGGCAGACGAAACAAAGGGAUAUGCAAAACAUGGUAGCUGAGAAGUUGCUGUAUAUAAUGGCCUUUAGCAUCUGCCUUUCUUUUAUCUAUUUUUAGUCCCUUUGUUUUGUAUUGUACUUUAUUUGUAUACAAGCUUAGAGACAUGUUCAUAUCUUAGGCAUAGAUGUUUGAUCCAACAUAUUUUUCCUCGUAGAGUUCUAAUUGAUAACAUGUGGGAAUUUUCAUUUAACAAAACUUUCCCCAGACA